CUGUGCAAAUUUUUGUCGAAAAUAAAGCAGUUUUAAUUUUUGGUUAAAUUUUGGCCUAAAAUGACAUUUAGGUGACAAAAAUCAAACUUUUGCACCAUCAUCAUUUUCAGCAUACUUUAUUUGUUAACUGUGCCAGAUUUAGCCGAAAAUAAAACGGUUUUAAUUUUUGGAUCAAUUUUGGCCUAAAAUGGCAUUUAGGUGACAAAAAUCAAAAUUUCGAUGUCACCAUUAUGUUCACCAUACUUUUUUUGUUAACUUUGCCAAUUUUUGUUGAAAAUGAAGUAGUUUUAAUUUUUGGACCAAUUUUGUCCUAAAAUGACAUUUAAGGUGGCAAAAAAUCAAAAUUAUUAUGUCACCAUUAUGUUCAGCAUACUUUUUUGUUAACUGUGCCAAAUUUUGUUGAAAACAAAUACUAAUUUUGUCCUUAAACAUCAUUUAGAUGAGUUCCCAGUAGUUGGGGAGCUUGGGUGCGAAGUUUACAUCUGUGACGGAGAACAUGUAAUCCCAGGGUCGAUUUUUUCUCAAAAAAUGCUCCAAAAGAAAAAAACGACGGUUUUAAAGAAUUUCCUACGCCUUCGGGCGCGGAAAUUCAAUAACAUAACAUGAAUACUGAACAGACAAACCGAAAUAAUAUCUUCAAUAAUACUUUAAGGAUGUAGCUUUCGGUGCAGACAGUAAGUUUUGACUAAAUAUUUAAUAGAAUAUAGCUACAUAAAAUGUGAUUUAAAUUAAAUUUUAAUUUAAGCGUGGAAAUAAGUUAUCCAAAUAAAUUUUUGAAUUAAAAGGAAAAUGCAUUUUGUUUGAAGACAAAAAAUCUUCCAUUUCUCAAAUAAUGUUCGACGGGAUACCGUUUAUAGUUGUUGGAACAAAAAGCCUAUGGUACUGAUAGGAACGCUUCUCACAAGAAAGAAAGAAAAGAAAAUAAGCUAGAGCGAAAAUUAUCCUUCGAGAUAUUGUUUCCUUUCCAGAUUACAAGGUGAAAUAAUAUUUUUCCAUUCAAGAUUACCCGUAAAUGCUAUAGGAUAACACCGUCCUAAUAUUAUUUUAUUGUUUAUUUAGAUAGACAAGUUAACUGAAUGGAAGAAAAACUGCGCCAAAAAGUUGAAAAAUGAAUGGGCAGCUAAUAAAUCCCAAGUGAAGACCAACAGAGAAAUUUGGAUAAAAAUAUUAGAUUGCCACGCAGACCAUUUGUAAGGGGAGCGCGGUGGUAUCAGUCAACAAAUCGAUUCAAGAAUAAUAACGAAAAUUCACGAACUCGAUGGUCAAGGAAUAAGGCAAGUAAAAGAGAUGGAAAGACACAUAAAGAUAUAUGUUCAAAACAAGUUGUUUUGUGAUAAAAUGGUUCCUUCACCAACAAACAGAACAUUUUUUCCUACACGACGUGACAUCACAAACCACAUGUACAUAAGCACAACAAAGUUACGUUUAUCAUAGAUCGAUCAAAAUUUCUUAUUGUAGAGGAGUUCAUCGACAAUGUGAUAGAUUGUAAUACUGUAACUCCGCCUCAAUCUCCACCUGUCAUUAAUUUGACCUCACCCCAGAAAACAGGAAAAACUGACGUUGUCCCGGGCCAGUUACUGAGUGAAAAAGAAUUGUUGACUUUGCGUGAAAUGGACAAAAUUAUCAACAACCAUAUGCUAACCGUGUGUUGUGGUAUUUUUGGAAAUGAAAGGAUGGCGCAGUGUGACAAGUGCAAAAAAUGGUUUCACGGAAUGUGUGAAAACAUACCAAACAGCGUUUUUAAGAAGUCCAACCAACAAGAAUUGGUAUUGCAAAAUGUGUAAAAGUGUUUGUUGUAAAUUUAUCUUAUCUCAUAAGAAAAAAAAACAAAAACGAACGAAAGUGUUUUAUUCCAUUCCGCGUGGGUAUUCAAGCCGUACGGGCAUAGUUUGUUUAGAUAUUCGGAACAACUCGCGAAAACUCGUCCAAAAUAUUGUUUUUUAUGAACCUCCGACCCGGCACUUGUUAUUAGAGUUUUCCCAGGAUGACAGAUUACAAAACCGAAAGUGAAAAUCGAACUAAAAAGAAUAAACUAUGUUAUUGUAUAGUGGCUGAAGUACAUAUAUCGAGCCAUGAAAUUGAUGCAACCUCUCUGUGGCAUCUACUUGCCUUUUUAUUAGGAUGUUUACACGCUGUUUAUCAACUUUGCAAUUUUGCAUGGCUAUCACACAUGGACAUUGACACUUCAUUAUAUUACAGAGGAAAUGAAAGCUUAUGAAAAUACGCCUUUCACAUCAAAGUACCUGGUGUUUUAUGAAGAAAAUAUUUCAAAUGGUGCAAUUGAAUUUACACCUAUUAGAGCUGAAAAAUUAGACGCUAUUGGAGGCAAGAUUGGAACGAACACAGAUUAUCAUCAGGUUGAAUUCAGUUAUAAUACAGCUUCAAAACAUAUCUCUUAUGUUGGUGAUUCAGGUGUUAUAUAUUGUAUUGCAUUUGAUGGGAGUGCUUGGAGUACACUAAGUAGCGAAAAUGAUUUUGGAUCACAAAAAUUUGUGUCAGCGCAGGAAAACAGUGAAAAUUGUGUUUCAUUCAUGUAUCAGAACAGUAGUUGGAAUACCGAUCCAUCUAAAGGUAAAUGCAUGUGGCGUAAAGACGCCAAUGAAAUGACAUUGGGACAGUGUGAUGCAUCUGCAAAAAUUGCAAUAUUUCGUUGUUUAACUCCGCCUUGUGGAACUGUGACCACAACGCCUGCUGGAAAUAUAGCAACUACAACACCUGCUGGAAUUACAAGUACAGUCAUACCAGACAAACCGUUUCGUAUGUUUACACGCUUUAAGAAGCAACUUGGAUUGGAGUCUUUUGGAGAUGACAAAAAAGUAACCAUUGAAAGUGAAGUGCCAUAUGUAUUCAAUUUGGACAGUGAUUCUAAAUUGCGAGUUACUGAUAAUAACAAUAACAUUUUAUAUAUUGCAUUGCAUAAUAUUGCUGGGGAACCAACUACAGAAGGUGAUCUUGGUGAAGAAUUAAAAACCAGGACAACUGGUACUAACGCUCCAUUGUUUAGCAUAAAUGGAACACACAUAAGUAUGCAAUCUUUCCCACAAUAUGUUUUUUGUCCAGAUGGUGACAAAAUACGUUUUGUAUCCACCUGUACUUAUACUCUUGUAAUAGAAGAAGAAUCAGAUGGUAAAAAAUUGACUUCAACACUAACAUCUAAUGUUAACGUCAAAAUUUAUUUACAAAAAACUAACUACUGGACAUUGGAUGCAUUUGCAGAUAAUAAAAAAUUACAGAUGUCUGCGACAGCAAAUGAUUUUGGUCCAUACAUCUUUAAAAUGAAUAGUUCUGGUGUGCUUACUGUAAAAGAAUCUACUGAUGGAGAAAGUUUUUGUUUUCAAUUCAAGAAUGGUGAAGCGGGCCCUGUUAUGGAAGAGAUAAAAACUGUUGGUUUAGAUAGCUGUAGGUACUUCGUUGUUACAGAAACCAUGUUCUUUGUUGAUUCUCGAUCAGAUUUAACUCCAUGUCCGCAAGGAGCAAACCUUGAUCAAAUGAAAUUGAUGUUGAUUGAAGAUUGCCCGGAUUAUGCCUUUGGUUUUGAGUAUGUGCUGAACGAUAUUAACACAACAACAACAACAGUAAUGACAACUAUAAGUACCACGCCAAAUGCUGGUGGCGAUACAACUACAAGUACCACACCAAAUGCAGGUGGUGAUACAACUACAAGUACCACGCCAAAUGCAAGUGGUGAUACAACUACAAGUACCACGCCAAAUGCCGGUGGUGAUACAACUACAAGUACCACGCCAAAUGCAAGUGGUGAUACAACUACAAGUACCACGCCAAAUGCAGGUGGCGAUACAACUACAAGUACCACACCAAAUGCAAGUGGUGAUACAACUACAAGUACCACGCCAAAUGCAGGUGGCGAUACAACUACAAGUACCACGCCAAAUGCAAGUGGUGAUACAACUACAAGUACCACGCCAAAUGCAAGUGGUGAUACAACUACAAGUACCACGCCAAAUGCAAGUGGUGAUACAACUACAAGUACCACGCCAAAUGCAGGUGGCGAUACAACUACAAGUGCCACACCAAAUGCAGGUGGCGAUACAACUACAAGUACCACGCCAAAUGCAGUUGGUAAUACAACUUCAAGUACCACGCCAAAUGCAGGUGGCAAUACAACUUCAAGUACCACGCCAAAUGCAAGUGGCAAUACAACUACAAGUACCACACCAAAUAUAGGUGGGGAUACAAGUACAAGUGCCACACCAAAUGCAGGUGGUGAUACAACUACAAGUAACACUGCAAAUACAGGUGCCACGACAACCACAAACAAUAAUUCGACUGCAAGUACAAUGCCAAGUGCAGGUGGCAACAUGACAACAAGCGUCACACCAACUACAAAUGGUAUAACACCAUCACCUUCAUCACCCUCGUCAUCAGUAAUAGUGCCAAACAAUUUUAUUUAUGGUGGAAGAUAUGAACCAUUUAGACAACUAUCUGAUUGUCCCAUAACAUGUAAACGAAGUAGACUGGAUGGUGUAAAAGUAUGUUCGGGUUACCAAUUGUUCCAGAAAGAUACUGUGCCUAACAACUUUUGCAAAGAGACAAAGUAUGUGCAGAAACGUUGCUUGAACUUAACUGGCUGCGAUGGAUCAAGACAUUAUCUAGCUGACGGAGGGAUGUCAUGCACAGCAUUCUGUAGUAGUAAAUCUCUUAAGUGUUCUCCAAACAUUGAGACUGGAAACAGUGUGCAUGGCUUUGGUGAUGUUAUUCUUCAUUACACAGCAGAUAAUGCGAACAAGGUCUGGAAAAAUAGCUAUGCUCCAUACUGUUUGGAAAGUGUUUGUGGUGAAUACGAAGACAUUCCUGAUAAUGUGGAUUGUGAUGCUGUGCCUCCUUCACAAAAGCAUAAAAGACUGUGUCAUUGUAUUGAAGCAGCGGAUAUUGGCUUUGGUGGUUGGUCACCAUGGAGUGCAUGUUCAGCCACAUGUGAAGGAGUAAGAAGCAGGUCCCGUUCUUGUUUUGACUAUUGCAAUGGACCAACAUCGGAAACAGAAAAUUGUGGGGAAUUACACUGUCCAAUUCAUGGAGGAUUAUCAACUUGGUCUAGCUGGUUGGCAUGCAGUCACACUUGUGGUGGUGGUGUAGAAACCCGUGUUCGUGCAUGUGAUAACCCAGCACCACUUUACGGUGGCGUCUUUUGUAUCGGUCAGUUAGAAAAAACAAGAGAAUGUAAUCCACAGUACUGUCCAAUUCAUGCAUACCCAAAUGAAUGGACAGAAUGGUCUGGUUGUGAUAAGCCAUGUAACAAUGGAAGAAUACGUCGCAAACGAACAUGCACUAAAGGUUUAUAUGGAGGACGUAAACUGUGUAUCGAGCCACUAGAAGAAUCAAGUCCUUGUAAUCCAACAAUAUGCCCAAAUACAAUUGGUGUUUUUGUUACUCGUUUUGAUUUGGAAUACAGUGCUGAUCUUGAUUCAAAGAACAGUGAUAUAUUUAUACAAACUGAAGCUGUAAUAAAGGAUGAAUUUCAGCAUAUGCAACAGCACGAAUUCAACGAUUCGAUUAUUACUGUGGUGCUAAAUAAUGCAAGAAGAGGAAGUUUGAUUGCGAACUAUACCGUAUAUUUUCAAAGCUUUGAUUCGUACCAGAUGUUGUACAUUCAGGAUAGUAUCGAGAUUGAAAUGAAUGUUGGCAAAUUACCUGUCUUGGGCUCCAUGGCGUUUUAUGAUAUCUCCCCAGGAGUUCCAACUAGACCUCCAUCAAACAUCGUUAUUACGACCAUUUCUUCCACUUCUUUUAAUGUUUCUUGGGGUGACGUACCAGAGGAACAUCGACAUGGAGAUAUAAAUGGAUAUGUUCUGUUUUACCGAGAAAAAGCACAGCUGUCCGCUCCCUAUCAAGUUCUAGCAAGUGAAAAGUUUUCCACCGUUUUAAUUGGUUUGCAUCCAGGCACGCAAUAUGCUUUUCGACUGUUGGCGUACACAUCCAAUGGAAAUGGGGUAGCAUCGUUUGAGAAGUUGAAAUAUACUUUGGAAGAAUUGCCUGAUGAAGCGCCAUUUAAUGUAAAUGGAACCUCACUUGGACCAUUUUCUGCUUAUAUUGAGUGGGAUCCUGUUUCACGGCUUUCUAUGAAUGGGAUUCCUCUUGGUUAUAGAGUUAUACCGUACAUUAACAACACUAGACAGUCAGAUGUGGUGGUACCAUUUACAAAUAGAAGUCAUAUAUACAAUGAAUUAAUCCCCGAGACAACUUAUGUUUUCGAAGUUUGCUCGUUUAACAGCAUAGGAAAUGGACCAUGUGAUAAAUGCGUUGUUACAACUUCGGAGUCCCCUCCAUCUGCUCCACCACAAAAUAUUUCUGUGGAUGUCAUUAAAACGCAUAAUACUUUGACCUUACGUUGGUUAAUGCCCCCUUCUGAUAAAAUACACGGUGAUUUAACUGGUUACAAGAUAAUGUAUACAAUGAGAAACAGAGGAACCACCCUGAUUACUGAUGCAUCUACAGACCACGUGGUUGUACAUCCGUCAUUUACUGAGUAUACGUUGAGAUCGUUGAGUCCUAAUACAAAAUAUGAAAUAGACAUAUUAGCAAUGAACGAAGUCGGUGAUGGUGUUUCUGCUACAGUACAAGCAUCCACUUGUCGAUGCCCCGAGAAAGUAUCGAGCAACUUUUAUCUUUUGAAACCAUACGUUUAUAAAGAUGAAGAAAAAGACCUGGCAGGAGUAUUCUCCCAACUUCUUGAUGAUUUGGUUACCCAUUCAUGUGGGACAUGUGAACGACCAUCAGGUGUAAGAAAUACAACUUUAGAUAAAAAAUUAAACGGUAGAGGAUCAUACGCAGAGAAAGCUAAUUUUAAUAAAGUUGUGAAAGAAAUUGACGGGUAUACUGAUUUGACAUUCCCUGUCAUCGGUUUUUCUGGUUUGGUGGAGUACUUUGGAUAUAAAUACGUCUCUUUGCUUCAUCGUCCUGGUGUUGUCCUGAUUGUUCGAGAUAAGCCAAUCAGUGAGAUUGUUGUGGAGAUGAUUUUUAUGGUAUUGAGCAUUUGGCCAUUGAUAUUACUCAAUUUGAUUAUGAUGACUGCCGCUGGAUUUCUUGUGUGGAUAUUGGAAGGAUACCAUAUGAGGGCUUCCAGUGAUUUUUCAUCAAAAAUACUGACUGGUCUACAGCAGGGUUGGUAUUGGGCCUUUAUCACACAAGGAACUCAUGGUUAUGGAGACUUCGUCCCAAAGCGUGUUUUGUCAAGAAUCUUUGCCAUCAUAUGGAUUUUGGUUGGUUUAGUUAUGAGUUCGCUCAUUGUUGGUGCAAUCGUUACAUCACUCACAACCGUCAAUGAUGCAGCCAAAGUUAAAAUAUAUGGAACAGAGAUUGGAGCUCUUAAUGCAACGUUUGAAGAAAGAGUUGGUAUUCUACGAAAUGGAAAAGUGAACACAAGGUCUGUGUACACUUCAACAGCCCAACUUGCGGAAGCAUUAGAAUCACGAGAAGUUGAAGGUGUUCUUAUCGAUGCAUACACUGCAGGUACCAGUAAAGAAGACUUUCAAAGACCUCAAAUACGAGCGUCUGAUAUGAUCAAAACCGUGAAAACAUACGGCUUCGUACUUUCGGGUGGUUUAACCAAUGUUGAUGACGAAGCGAGAGAUUUCAUCAAAACAAAUGAACAUCGUAUUCUUGAGAUUAUCGAGAACAGUACUGCUCGAAUGGAGCCAAGUAAAAAACCAGAAUAUAAAUCAAUUUUCGACCCGUCCUCAGAUAUGUUAAAAUCGACAAUUUUAUGGCUGUGUGUGAUGCUUCUUUGUGGAAGUCUGUGUGGGAUAUUGUACACAGUUUUUCGAAAGCAUCGGUCGAAAAGAAAAGUGGAAAUAGUAAGAAGUAAAGAAGAAAUUCAUAAAGAGGAAACAACACUUCUGGCUCAAGAUAUUUUGGUACAGGUUUCCUCCAUCAUAAAACAGACAGAAGAAAUUACAAAAAAACAUAACAUUCAACGCGUCAAGCUUCGUUUUGACCGAGGUAGCAGUAGUUUACGGAUUGCCACGAAGCAAAGCAGAUAUCGUAAGCAGAGAUAUUCCUUUCACCGGUAUAUUCCUUCUCAAUCACUUCAGAGUAUACAAGCAUCAACGGCGGACGUUCCUGGAAGCAAUACAACAAUCAAUGACGACCUCGAAGAAUUCGAAUGUUGAGCGAAAGAGACAAUAACAAAAGCUGAUUCGAAAAAGAGAGAAUUUUUUUUGACGUGUAUAAUAAAUAAACAAAUCACUUGACACAGAAAAUACAAAGCGCAUAAUUUUAUUUGUAAAUAUUUCACAUAUGCAUUUAUAAAAAUCCAUACAUAUUA